AUAACUAGGAUUCCGGGUCGGGCGGGCGCGGUAAACCUCAGGGCCUGGCGGGAUGGAGCUGUGCGGCUGGGCCGCUCGGAGCUAGGGACAGGAGACGGCGAUGCUGUUCUAUUCCCUCUUUCUGUUGUGAAUGAGGAGGGAGCCAGGCCCGAGCCCCGAGUGCAGCCAGGCAGAGUGUAAGGGAGGUGCCAUGCCGGGUGGAGGAGCUCCCGUGGCCUCCUGGGGGCCAGAGGAGAUCCGGGUGAGGUUGGCCGCGCUCGGCCUGGAUGCCCCGGUCGAGACUGAGGUACUUGCCGAAGGGGAAACAGAGGAGAGGCCCGGAGAGGAGGAGGCUGACGAUACCGUGGAGGGCGGAGGACUGGCGGCCCAGGCCCUGUACCCUGGGUUGUUGAUGGAGGGAGGGUACCCCGGGGCAGCGGACCAGACCGCCCUGACCAUGCGCAGAAAGAGCGUCAACACCAAUGAGCUGGUCCCGGUGCCCAGCUCUGAGCACGUAGCGGAGAUCGUAGGGAGGCAAGGUUGCAAGAUAAAGGCGCUGAGGGCCAAGACAAACACGUACAUAAAGACGCCGGUCCGCGGGGAGGAGCCCAUUUUUGUCGUCACCGGAAGGAAGGAGGAUGUCGCUAUGGCCAAACGGGAGAUUCUGUCCGCGGCGGAGCACUUCUCCAUGAUCCGAGCGUCCCGCAACAAAAACGGGCCGUCUGCGGCGAGCAUGCAGUGCGCCCCCAACUUACCGGGCCAGACCACGGUGCAGGUGAGGGUCCCGUACAGAGUUGUCGGCCUCGUCGUCGGACCCAAGGGAGCCACCAUUAAAAGGAUACAGCAGCAAACGCAUACGUACAUCGUCACUCCGAGCAGAGACAAGGAGCCCGUGUUCGAGGUGACCGGGAUGCCCGAAAAUGUCGACCGAGCGCGCGAAGAAAUCGAGAUGCACAUAGCCAUGCGCACCGGCAACUACAUCGAGAUAAACGAAGAGAACGAUUUCCAUUACAACGGAACCGACGUGAGCUUUGAGGCCGGGGCCAUCGCCGCUUCUUCUUGGCUCGGCGUGAAUCCCACAGCUCCCAGUCGCAACAGAAUGAUUUCCAACUAUCGCAACGACAGCUCGAGCUCCCUGGGAAGCGGCUCCACGGAUUCGUUUUUCGGUAGUAACAGGCUGGCCGACUUUAGCCCGUCGAGUCCCUUCAAUACAAGCAACUUCUGGUUUGGAGAAACCGCGCCGAGCGCGAAUUCCGAAGAUCCGGCAGACGCGUCUGCCUUCGAUCCGAUUCCGUCGUCCUCCGAAACCAUCUGGGCUCCUUAUGACCCCGUGAGCUCGCUUUCCGGCUACAGGAGCGAGGCGGCCGCGAAGUCUCAGCGCCGGGGAAGUCUGUCUCCUACCUUCCCGGAGGGUCUGGAAUAUCCUCCAGCGAGGAGUAUGAGGAGCGACAUGUCAAGCACAAGCGAGAUCGGGCUUCCUAUCUAUAUCCCGGCUUUCUCCAACGGUACCAACAGCUACUCUUCUUCCAGCGGCGGGUCGACGUCCAGCUCCCCGCCCGAGACGAGGCGGAAGAACGACUGCGUCAUAUGCUUCGAUAACGAAGUCACCGCGGCGUUCGUUCCAUGCGGUCAUAACUUCUUCUGCAUGGAGUGUGCCAACAAGGUGUGCGAGAAUAACGUCCCUCUGUGCCCCGUGUGCCAGACCUCUGUCAAUCAAGCGAUCCAGAUACACUCUUAACUGGACGACACGGCGGUCUUCCCAGGAUCCGCGGGGCUUCGGCUGCCGUCUGUAAAUGAUUUUUGCUGCUGCCGCCUCGUUUAAAUCUGGCUGCUUGUUUAGACUUGGAGGAGAUCGGCUGAUUCGAGAGAUGAUGAUGAUGAUCGGGGGGAGAUCGGUAUUCAGCAAAUUAUGAUUUACAGAGCUCGUUUACAUACCAGUGCAAAAUUAUGUUUACAGAGAUCAAAUUCAAACCAAUUUCAGUUUCAAAGAUGUCACUGCCUUUAUUUUUUUUAUACUCUGCUCUGCGGAAGGCGACUAGAAGGGGAGCGAGAUUUAUUUGGUG